AUGGGUCUCUCCCACGACGCCCCCGAGCCUCACAGCAAGUCGGAGCACAAGCAGCUUUCUGGCCCGGAGCUUCACAAGCAACGAACAUGGUGGAAGGAAGCGAGCGUUUAUCAGAUCUAUCCAGCUUCCUUCUGUGACUCAAAUGGCGACGGCAUCGGUGAUCUCCAGGGAAUAAAGUCCAAGGUGCCCUAUCUCGCGUCUCUGGGCGUCGACAUAGUCUGGUUAUGUCCCAUCUACAAAUCCCCCCAGAAGGAUAUGGGCUACGAUAUCUCCGAUUACCGUGAAAUCCAUCCCCCGUAUGGCACGCUGGACGACUGGAGGGAGCUCAAGGCGGAACUGAAGAAGGCCGGGAUCAGGAUCAUCAUGGACUUGGUAGUGAACCAUACCUCGGACGAGCAUGAGUGGUUUCUCGAGUCGAAGAAGAAUAAGACCAGCGAGAAACGCUCCUGGUAUAUCUGGCAGCCACCCAAGUACGAUGAGCAGGGAAGAAGGCAACCGCCGAACAACUGGAGAUCCUUCUUUGGAGCCGAGUCCGCGUGGGAAUACGACGAGACGACGGACGAGUAUUUUCUCCGUCUCUUUACCAAGAAUCAGCCUGACCUCAACUGGGAGAAUCCUAAAGUCCGAAAGGCCGUCCAAGACAUCAUGACAUUCUGGUUAGAAGAAGGAAUCGACGGCUUCCGUGUCGACGCAAUAAACUACAUAGCCAAAGCCCCCGGCUUCCCUGAUGCAGAAGUGGUGGAGCCCUUAUCCCCCCAUCAACCAGCCAUGCACCUCUACCUGAACCGGCCCAAAUGCCACAAAUUCCUACAGGAGCUCUCCCAUACCGUCCUCCAUAACUACGACAUCAUGACUGUCGGUGAGACCCCGCACGUCGAAGAGCCAGAUAUGGCUCUGCAAUUUGUGCAUCCGGACCGGGAUGAAUUCUGCAUGAUCUUCCCCUGGGAGCACAUGGACGUUGAUCGUGUCCCGGACACCCUUCUUGGAUGGCGACCCUUUAAGCUGUCCACCCUGAAGAGCAUCAUCAAUAAAUGGCAGACCACCAUGCAGGAGCGCGGCGGGUGGAACAGUCUGUACAUGGAGAAUCACGACCAGGGGAGAUCAAUCCCCCGGUACGCGUCCGAUAAGCCAGAGUUCCGCUGGCUAUCUGGAAAGCUGCUGGCAAUGUUUUUGGCCACUCUGAGUGGUACAUUAUAUAUCUUCCAGGGCCAGGAGAUUGGGAUGAGCAACCUGCCUAAGUGGGGGAUCGAGGAAUACAGCGAUGUGGUAUCGCAGAUGCACUAUAAACAGGAGAAGGAGAAGAAGCAAAGAGAAACCGGGGUUGCAGAGCCAGAUAUGGAUGAUGUGAUGAACGAUCUUCACAGGAGAGCCAGAGAUCAUGGGAGGACGCCAAUGCCUUGGUCUGCUACGCUGCCGAAUGCAGGGUUCACGACUGGCACGCCGUGGAGGAAACUUAACCCGGACUUCCCUGUCUGUAAUGUGGAGAGCGCGAUGAAGCAUUCGGACAGUGUGCUUGCUUUCUGGAAGACGAUGUUGCAGCUGAGGAAAAAGUGGCCCACGCUGGUAUAUGGGGAUUUCGAGCUGCUGGAGCCACUGGACGAACAGAUCUUCGCUUAUAGGCGGUCUCAUACGGGAAGCCAGGACGCUGUGGUGGUAAUGAACUUCUCGGACAAAUCGGUGCAGUUGGGUUCCUCGUUGAUCCCGGCUGACUUCAAGGGGGAGUUGGUGCUGGGGAACUACAACACCGCUGAGGAUAACAGUACAUUGAGACAAUGGGAGGCAAGACUAUAUGCGGUCGGUGGUGCUGCGAAAUGA